AUGUCUCCCUCGGAUUUUCUGGACAAACUGAUGGGGAGGACAUCUGGAUAUGAUGCCAGGAUAAGGCCGAACUUUAAAGGCCCUCCUGUCAAUGUUUCCUGUAACAUUUUCAUCAACAGCUUUGGUUCCAUUGCUGAAACCACCAUGGACUACCGAGUGAAUAUCUUCCUUCGUCAGCAGUGGAAUGAUCCCAGGCUUGCCUAUUCUGAAUACCCAGAUGAUUCUCUGGAUUUGGACCCCUCUAUGUUAGACUCCAUAUGGAAACCAGAUCUGUUCUUUGCCAAUGAGAAGGGAGCCCACUUUCAUGAAGUCACUACAGACAACAAACUGCUCAGGAUAUUUAAGAAUGGAAAUGUUUUGUACUCUAUAAGACUAACGUUAACUCUGUCAUGUCCAAUGGAUCUAAAAAACUUCCCUAUGGAUGUUCAGACCUGUAUCAUGCAGCUGGAGAGUUUUGGUUACACCAUGAACGACCUGAUCUUUGAGUGGCAGGAAAAUGGACCGGUUCAAGUAGCUGAAGGCCUCACACUCCCACAGUUUAUUCUCAAAGAUGAAUCAGACCUCAGAUACUGCACCAAGCACUACAACACAGGUAAAUUUACUUGUAUUGAGGUGCGGUUCCACCUGGAGCGACAGAUGGGGUACUACCUGAUCCAGAUGUACAUCCCCUCUCUGCUCAUUGUCAUUCUAUCCUGGGUUUCUUUCUGGAUUAACAUGGAUGCUGCCCCAGCCAGAGUGGCACUGGGCAUCACCACUGUCCUCACAAUGACAACACAGAGCUCAGGCUCCAGGACUUCACUGCCUAAGGUCUCUUAUGUCAAGGCCAUAGACAUCUGGAUGGCGGUGUGUCUGCUCUUUGUCUUCUCUGCACUGUUGGAGUAUGCAGCUGUUAACUUUGUGUCAAGGCAACAUAAAGAGUUGCUGCGAUUUAGACGGCAUCAUAAAAACAAGUGCAAGGAUGGGGAAGUACAUGAGGGCAGGCUGACCACCACAACUGCUGUCAGCUCCAACAAUACGGCAACUGUUCUGAACACCCAAGGAGCCACAGCAAACACUACCCAGAAUCCAGCGGGAGCAGCAGCUGGUGGAGGGAGUAAAAGCACAGAAGAGAUGAGGAAGUUAUUUAUCGACAGAGCCAAAAAGAUUGACACUGUGUCGAGGGCCGGCUUCCCUCUGGCCUUUCUCUUCUUCAAUAUAUUCUACUGGGUCCUUUAUAAGAUACUUCGACAUGAAGAUGUACAUAAGCAAUAG